GCUCCACUGAGUCCUUUGGAAACUUGACUCCCUGUUUCUCCUUCCAGGUGUGUCUCCAGGUUCCUCGUCCCACCUUUGUGAGCACCUUGUGUCAUGGUAGAUCCCUUGGGCUCAGCGAGCUGGACUCUGCUCCCUGCAGAGCCACCGGCGCUGUCGGCAGAGCUGCUCCUCUGGUCCUGCUGGCACAUUAUCUGGAAGAUGUGAGAAUCCACUGGCUAUAUUUUACGGUUUUUGUAAGGUUACAAAACAUGAAAUAAGGCCUUGGAAAUGGCUCUACCAAAGACAGACCUAAUCUUGCAAGGCUAGAACUUGUAUGCAGAGCAGCUGGAAUUAGUUAAAUAUUGGAACUACUGCUGGUUUGGUUGCAUCCUCCAACAUGACCAAUCCUCAGCCUACAAUUGAAGGUGGUGUUUCAGAAGUUGAGAUAAUUUCACAACAAGUAGAAGAAGAGACCAAAAGCAUUGCUCCUGUACAGCUUGUUAACUUUGCUUAUCGAGAUCUGCCUUUAGCUGCACUUGAUCUGUCUGUGGCUGGGUCCCAGCUUUUGUCAAAUUUGGAUGAGGAGUACCAAAGAGAGGGAUCUAACUGGCUAAAACCGUGCUGUGGGAGACGAGCAGCUGUGUGGCAGGUAUUUUUGCUCAGUGCAAGUCUCAACAGUUUCCUGGUAGCCUGUGUAGUAUUGGUGGUGAUUCUUCUGACUCUGGAACUCCUAAUAGAUAUAAAGCUUCUCCAGUUUUCAAGUGCUUCACAGUUUGCAGGAGUAAUUCACUGGAUCAGCCUAGUCAUCCUCUCUGUUUUCUUUUCAGAGGUAUGUAUAACCAUCUUUCACCACAUACAGAACUUCAAAACUAUUUUGAGGAUUGUGGUCCUUGGCAUAUGGGAUUACAUUGAAAACAAAAUAGAGGUGUUUGAUGGUGCUGUCAUAAUCUUGUCCUUGGCACCAAUGGUGGCCUCAACAGUGGCUAAUGGCCCCAGCAGCCCAUGGGAUGCUAUCAGCCUAAUUAUCACCCUGCGGAUAUGGAGAGUGAAGAGGAUCAUUGAUGCGUAUGUCCUUCCAGUGAAAGUGGAGAUGGAGAUGAUGAUUCAGCAAUAUGAGAAGGCAAAGGUUAUUCAAGAUGAGCAGCUGGAAAGACUAACCCAGAUCUGCCAAGAACAAGGGUUUGAAAUCAGGCAGCUGAGGGCCCACCUUGCUCAGCAGGACCUGGACCUCGCUGCAGAGAGAGAGGCCGCGCUGCAGGUCCCACACGUCCUGAACAAGCAGAGCAGCAAGAGGUACAAGGUGGUGGCGACGGACGAUUCGGACGACGAAGCCACCGAGAACAUCACGGAGCUGCGACCUCCCCGAGAGGAUGACAUGAACAAUUACAUCAGUCGAUACUACAACGAGCCCAGCACUGACAGCGGUGUCCCCGAGGCCGCCAUCUGCGUGGUCACCACGGCCGCCAUCGACGUGCACCGGCCCAACAUCUCCUCGGAGCUGUUCACGGUGGAGGUGCCGCUGCGCCUGGGCAGCACCGGGACCUCGGCCAGCAUCACGUCGGGCAGCGCCUCGCGCUCCACCGUCAGCUCGGGCACCCAGGCCUGCAGCGAGAGCAGCCACACGCUGGGCUCCUCCCCGGACUGCAGCACGGCCUGCGAGGAGCCCGCCCCGGCGGCCCCGGCGCCCGCCCGGCAGCGGGUGACCCACGCCGUGGUGCAGGAGCUGCUCUCGUCCCUGUCGGAAGAGGCGUGUCUGGCGCAGAAGGGGCUGGAUCCCGUCAACCUGAAGCUGCCCAGCCCCGCGGGCUCGGUGGGGGCCAGCCCCGACCUGGGCCACCGGCUCAGCGUCUACAACCGCAGGAACCAGGAGAGCCUCGACGUCUUCCAGCUCAAGCCACUCAUCGACUGCCCACCGAGCGCCCCGAUGAUUGAGGAGAAAUAUGGAGCGCUGGGGCCCCCAGAGCCACGGCUGGGCAGGGUUCCCGAGGCAUAGGGACAGCCUGGGGGAAUGGGGACUCCUGCGGG